GAAACCAUCCCAAUGAAAAUGCUGAUAGAUUUAGAGACUCAAAUAAGAUCUUUACUCUUUGAAGGUAAGAUAUGCAAGAUUGCUGUUUUGAAAAAUAUAUAAUUUAAAAUAAAAAUUACUUAUUACCUUUAGCUUGUAAAGUUCCAAAUAAUAAUUGUUAAGCAUAAUACAUUUGCAUUGAUGACAUUUGAUUCAAUGCAAAACUAGGCACAAGAGAGAACGGUGAGCUGAAAGUAGGGAAAUUUGGAAUAGGGCAACGGAACCCAAGGGGCCAGCAGCUGGCCGACUUCAUGGAGAAAGAGGGACUCUUUAUGAUGAACUCUUUCUUCCAGAAGCGGCCCCACAGGAAGUGGACCUGGUCGAGCCCCGACGGUUCGACAAAAAAUGAGAUUGACUUCAUUAUGACGACCAGACGACAACUGUUCAGUGAUGUCUCCGUGAUCGCGAGGGUGAAAACUGGUAGCGAUCACCGAAUGGUUAGAGGCACACUGAACCUAAACGUUAAGUUGGAGAGGUCUCGUCUAAUGAAGUCAACGCUCCGUCCCCCUCGUGCUCUGUUCCAAAGUCCCGAAACCUUUCAGCUCGAGUUACAAAACCGUUUUCAGUGCCUAGAAGACUGCAAUGAAGUGGACGAUAUGAAUGACAAGCUCGUGGAAACUGUCCAUGCGGUCGGAGCUAAGUUCUGCAAGACCCGCCGCAGAAGAACACAAAAACUCUCCGAUAACACUCUUAAUCUCAUGGCUGUUAGACGGGAGAUGAAGCUACAUUCUUCAACAGACUUGACAGCAUACAGGCAUCUGAACAGACAGAUCUCCAAAUGCAUGCGGCGGGACUUACGCAACUUCAAUACAGCUCGUAUUGAAGAAGCGAUCGAGCGGAACCAAGGCUCCAAAGUCUUUGCCAGAGAUCUGUCUGCCAGAAAGAGCCAACUGUCAAAGCUGAAGACAGAAUGUGGCAGCAUCGUUUCCGGGACACCUGAGAUUUUGAGUGAGAUUGAGAGGUUCUAUGGGCAGCUGUACACAUCAUCGUUGGAGCCACACGCAAGUGUGAGUAACGAUCCAAGAGCGAGUCUCAUCCGACACUAUUCCGAAGAUAUCCCGGACGUCAGUCUGAGCGAGAUUAGAAUGGCUCUCCAGCACCUUAAAAACGGUAAGGCCCCAGGCGAGGAUGGAAUUACAGCGGAGCUUCUGAAAGCGGGUGGAAGACCGGUACUUGAAGUCCUUCAGAAGCUCUUUAAUUCUGUCCUCCAUGGUGGUAUUACACCGGAGGCGUGGAGCAGAAGUGCGGUGGUCUUGUUCUUCAAGAAAGGUGACAACGCUCUCUUGAAGAACUACAGACCGAUUUCCCUUCUGAGCCGCGUCUACGUGCUGUUUUCGAGAGUCAUUACGAAUCGUCUCGCGCGCAGUUUUGACGACUUCCAGCCUCCCGAACAAGCCGGUUUCCGAAAAGGCUUUAGCACCAUAGACCACAUACAUACCCUUCGGCAAAUUGUACAGAAGUCCGAAGAGUACAAUUUGCCACUAUGUCUGGCCUAUGUGGACUAUGAGAAAGCCUUUGAUUCCGUCGAAAUUUGGGCGGUGCUGCAGUCCCUUCAGCGGUGCCAAGUUGACUGUCGGUAUAUCGAAGUGUUGAAGUGUUUGUACAAUAGGGCUACGAUGGCUAUCCGAGUACAGAACCAGAAUACGAAACCUAUCCAAUUGCAGAGAGGUGUAAGACAGGGUGACGUCAUAUCCCCGAAACUCUUCACCGCUGCAUUGGAAGACGUUUUCAAGCUUCUGGACUGGAAAGGAUACGGUAUCAACAUCAAUGGCGAGUACAUCACUCACCUUCGAUUUGCCGACGAUAUAGUCCUUAUGGCAGAAUCGCUGGAGGACCUAAGCACUAUGCUCAAUGACCUCAAUAGUGUUUCCCAACGGAUAGGUCUUAAGAUGAACAUGGACAAAACAAAGAUCAUGUUUAAUGUCCAUGUCACACCUAUGCCGGUAGUUGUUGGGAGCACUAAGCUUGAAGUUGUUGACGAGUAUGUUUACCUGGGACAAAUAGUCCGACUAGGUAAGUCCAACUUCGACCGAGAGGUCAAUCGACGGAUUCAACUCGGCUGGGCAGCGUUCGGGAAGCUACGACACAUCUUCUCGUCAGACAUACCUCAAAACCUUAAAACGAAAUUGUACAACCAGUGCGUGUUGCCAGUGAUGACUUACGGAACUGAGACGUGGUCCUUCACUGCUGGCCGUAUGAGGAAGCUCAAGGUCGCUCAGCGAGCUAUGGAGAGGGCUAUGCUCGGAGUUUCUCUGCGUGAUAAACUUAGGAAUGAGGAUAUCCGCAGUAGAACCAGAGUGACCGACAUAGCCCAACGGAUUAGUAAGCUGAAGUGGCAGUGGGCCGGCCAUAUAGCUCGAAGAACCGACAACCGAUGGGGAAGAAAGGUUCUCGAGUGGCAGCCUCGUACCGGUAGGCGAAGUGUAGGGCGUCCCCCCACGAGAUGGAGUGACGACCUGGUAAGACAUGCAGGAAGUCGAUGGAUGCAGGUGGCUCAGGACCGUGCUUUGUGGCAUUCUUUGGGGGAGGCCUAUGUUCAGCAGUGGACUUGUGAAGGGCUGUAAUGAUGAUGAUGAUGAUAAUACAUUUUGUUUCAGAAAAUCCUAUAACAUGUAAUUGUGAAUCCCAAGAACAGUGGAAAUGGAUGCAGGAACACCUUAAAAUAAUUCGAAAAGGUAGCAAAAAUUUAUUUUGUGAACAUCCUGAUGAACUUCAAGGACACCGUUUUACAGAAUUGACACCUCAGAAAUUGUGUGAUGUGCCCAUCGUGAUUCGAGUUGCUAUACAAGAUAUACAAACAUACUCUGUAAUAGUUUCGUGGCAAAGCCGCAAUCAAACUGGUUUAAAUGGAUUUCAAGUGGUUUAUUUCGGAGAACAAAACCCAAAAAGCAUACGAGGCAAAAUCCUUAAUAGUACUGCGCGUUCAACAAUAUUAAAUCACUUAAUACCAGGAACGCGUUAUAAUGUUUGCGUUAUAGCCGUUGGAAAUUUCGGACUCUCUACAGACUCGACGAUACCCGACGCAAGAGUUGCACCACCAAAAGAAAGUUUAAGCAUUACUUUAUUUGGAGAUGAACAACAAAUGAAUCAUGUACGAAUUGCAAUGAACGAUUCGUUAACGACAAAAUGUACGAGUGUGCGUACAAUUGAAAUUUUCGGAGCAGCCUUGGAUAGCCCAUUUUCUAAUACUUACUUAGGAAUCGCUGAUAUAUUAACUAGAAGACUAAGCUUAGUAGUUGGUUGCUGUAUAGGUUUUAUAGUAUUCGUUGUAUUUGUGUCUGCAUUGGGAUACAUAAAAACAAAAAAACGUCCAGUUAUAAUUAAAUCAGAAGUCCAACAAACUCCACAAUAUAUUUCAUAUGAUAAUUUUUCUACAUCUAAUCCUGAUGCUCAAACCACAGAAAUGGAUUUAAAUACAAUAACAAAUAAAGCAAAAUCGCAUACUAAUAAAUCUGAUUAAAAAAUCAAUAAAGAAUAAAUUCUUAGUUCUUGGUUCUCUUGUCAUCCAAAGAAGUCAGUUAAGAAACGCAGCUAACAUUCUUGGUAAUAUAUGCGAAGAACAGCACUAUUUUAAACUUUUAGUUUUUUUAAUAGAUUAGCAUAAUGACAUCAUGCUUAAAUCUUAUUAUCUAACAUAAUGAUACUUAAUACAAGUAGUACGUAAUUGUACGAAUAACAAUAUUGCCGAAGUAGCCCAUGCAUGUAUAAGUAUCUUUUAUAUAUUUUUUGAGCCUAAAAAAUUUCAUUUAAAUAAUUUAUCGAGUGACUCAGUAAUAAUUGAGUGUGAAAUUUCUGAGAUAUGUGGAAGUCAAAUAUUAAUUAGGUUAGACAAAUUCGAAAAUACUUGUGUAAUAUAGGUUCAAUUUAGACAAAGUAUGAAAAAAAAAAGUUUUGUGUUUUAUUAAAAAGUUUAAUUUAUAUGGAUUUAAUUUUAACAUAGUCAUAAGUUAUGUAAAUGUGUAAAAUACGCUGUAAAAAGUAGUGAUAAUAAAGUAAAAUAUAUAAUGAUAUAAGAGAUGAACUAAUAAGUUAACAUAUAUCUGAUCUGUAUUUUAAAAAUACUGUAAGAUUUCUAGAGUUCAUUGGAACGUUAUCACUAUAAUGUUAAACUUGUACUUAGUAUUAAAAUGUAUCGGACCUGUCGAAUAAUUGUUUUCGUAU